AAUUUAUUAUUUUCUUGACAGUUCUCAACAAAAUUUGCCGUCAAUUAAUUCUCAACAAAAUUCUAAUAGUAAAAUAAAAAAUAAAAAUGAAAUAAAAAGUGAAGAACCUAAAAGAAGAAGAAACUUGCUAAUUAAUAAUAAAAUGAACAAAUUAAAUAAAAAUUCUGAUUUUUAUUCAUCAACAGAAUAUGUUAAACAUAAUAAUAAUAAUUUUAAUUCUGGUUUUUCUCUUCAAAAUGCAAUUUCAAUGUCAGAAUCAUUUCCUCCUUUAUUUAAUAAUUAUUUUAAUACUUCUUUGGAAACUUUAAAUUUUUCUUCAAAUUUUAAAGAAAAUUGUUGCCCUGUUUCUAGUCGAACUAAUGAUUUUAAAAUUUGUAAUAAUAUUCCAAUACAGAGGCAGAGAACUAAAAGUUUGGAUAAUGGAACUUGCUUUUCACUUGCUACAAGUCUCCACAAUAACAGAAAAAAUCCAAUUAGACAAAUAACCAAUUCAACAAAUAUAUUAACAUCCUCAACAACAUCCAUUCUAACCAAAACACGUGCAAUUAGCGAAAAAAGAGAAUUUAUAGAAAAUACAAAAAUUAAUUUAUUUAAUUAUCCACGUUUAGAACAAGCAAAACAAUUUAUUAAGCGUUUUUAUAAUUCAACUACAAAUUUAAAAUUGAAGAAGAAAAAAAGAAAAGAAAAAAUUAAUGAACAAAAAUUAAGAAUGUAUGGGUCUGCUGUUGGUCCUUUUUUUGAAUUUAGGUGUGGAGGUAUUUUUUUACAACGGAGGGUUUAG